AUGAAAAUUGAGAGACAUAAUAAAAUCAAAUGUUAUAAAUCUAAAUGUUAUAAAAUCAAAUGUUUUAAAUCCGGAUUUGAACCAAUAAAGGACGAUGGUGAUGAUCAUAUCAUCGAGAAUACACGACAACAAAAACAAUCUAACAAUAUUUCUGAAAAAGAUUUAGUAUAUGAUAUAACAACAUUAAGAAAUCGUAUAAAAUUGUUACGAGGAUUGUACGAUCGAAAAUAUCGAGCAGAAUUAGACAUAUUGGCAAAACAAGAAAAAGAAGAAAAUAAAUACAUAAUGUCUAGUGCAAAUGAAACCAAAUCAAAGCCGUUGUCAUCAUCGAAGAAAACGGAUCGUUUAAAAGAAUUAUAUCAUGUCAAAGAACGUUUAGAUGAAUUGGAACAAAUUAUUAAUUAUUAUCAUUCAGAAGCAAAUGAGAUGAUUGAUGAUGAUGGUGAUUAUGAUGAUGAUAGUGAUAAUGAAGUGGAAAAAGAAGAAAUGUUUUAUGAAGGACAAUCCAUUCCAUCAUCGGAAGCACUAAAAUUAAACAUGGAAUUAUUGAAAGCAAAAACAGCUUUGACAGAAUUGCAACAAUUGGUUAAAACAAUUCAACCAGAUGAAUCGUUAUCUUAUCGUUCAACACCUGUUAAACAGCCAAUAACAAAUAAUGAUGAUUUCGAAUUAUGUAAUGAUCAAUCUUCGUACAUUUCACCGAAAGAUCAAACAAAAACAUCGUUAUUAUCAUAUGUUUUGUCACCAAAACCGGAACAAACCCGAUCAUCUGUAACCAGUUAUACAGAUACGAAAAUGGCUGCAUAA